UGAAAGCGAUGCCCAGCUAACACGACGCCGUUUUGUUCACAAAACGUUGAUAAGCCUUACUCUAUAUAUUAUUAAUCUUGUUUCAUCUUACCGACCAAACAUGGCGUAUUUUCACAGAUACAUCAUUCUGACGCUCCUCCUCACCUCAAUCUUCUUCAUCAACCACACAGUCAAGUGCGAUGAUGAAGAAGACAGCCUUCUUUCUGGAAUCAAUAGCUACAGAGCAACCCUAAACUUAACAACUCUAACAGAAAAUGACCGAGCCAAAUGCCUAGCUGAUAAAAUUGCCGACCAAUUUAAAAACCAACCGUGUACAAACACAACCGGCUCCAACACCGUAGCCGGAACCGAACCAGAAUUUGCCAAUUAUCCAGACCUUUUAUCCAAAUGCCAUUUGAAUGUCAGCACUACCAGAGAUGGGACUAUCCUUCCUGCUUGUGUUCCUAAUCUUGAUCCCACCCUUGUACUUUCCAACUACACCCGCUCCCAGUACUCAGGCUCCUUAAAUGACACCAAGUAUACUGGAGUCGGGAUCGGUUCUGAAGAUGAUUGGAUUGUCGUUGUGUUGACUACAAACACCCCGGAAGGCGGGUAUUCGCCUGGCAGUAAUGAUGUAAAUUCUGUUUACAAAAUUCUUCCUACGCGUUCCUUGAUGCUUUUACUUGUGGCCUUUUUGUCAUUCCUGUGGGCUUGAUUAUUGAUCGCUCUAGAGUUGUUUGUAUCAAUGGAUUUUCUUUGAUUUUGAAGAUGUAUCAACUCGGGGAUUACUUAUUUGAGAUGUAGUUUUGCAUGAAUGUUUCCUUCUGAUUUGGGAUGUUUGAUG